AUGGCAAAUGAUUCAGAUUCAGAGAAGUAUCAUCAACAACAACAACACACAAGAAAAGCAAGAUCUUCAUCAGACAACUCUUGCUUUGCAGCUCGUGUCACAGAGUCAAACCUAAGAAAAGAUUCACUGGUGAGGACAAAACCUGUUCUUCAGUUGCGUGCGUCCGGGUACUACAACCGAGAUUGUCUCCGAGUUUCUUCAUCUCCAACAAGCCAAGACAGAUUCUUGACACUAACUCUCACACCAUACAAUCUCAAGAGCUAUAAACUGUGUCUACCGGUGCCGUUUGUGAAGGCGAAUGGAAUCAAGAGCGUAAGGAAGAUAACCCUUGUUGAUAGAUACGGUGUAAGAAGUACAACGAGUCUUAAACCUGAGGACGAAUAUGGAAGAAUGAGAUUAGGAAAAGAGUGGAUAAAGUUCUGUGAAGAUAAUGGAGUGAAAGCUGGUGAGUCUUUUCGGCUAGAAUUGAUCAAAGAGAAAGACACAGCUAAUCAUCUACUUAAGUUCUGUUACACAGUAAUAUAUUCGCUCUGA